CGCUUUCAUCCAACGGAAGUUUAGAAUUUCAAGAUGGCGCUGGACGGAAUGGACCAUAAUGUAAGCGAUUUUGUUGUCUUUAUUAUGACUAUCACCAUUUUGAGAAAAUAUUGUAGAUAAGGCAUUGAUUAGACACUUAACGGUGUGUUCUGUAAAGUUGGUUCUUAUCAGAAGUUGAUAGAACCGUUUUGAAUCGACAAAAACGAUCUGUCAAAAUAGAGAAUCCUGCCAGUUUGCUGUCUCAUUGUAAGCUACUUUUAGCAAGCUAGCUAGCUAGCUGUUAGCUUUCUAGCUAGCUAAUCUAAGUCAUUGAUUAUUAUGUUUGUUUCAGGUGACACUCUUUAUAUUUGUGACUAUAAAUAACUCGGCAUAAGUUAAGUAUAAUGGACAAAACUAUAGUUAGUUAUUAAGUAACGUUAGCUAGCUAGCCGCUAGUAUGACAUAUAUUUGUCAGUAAACUGGUAGAAAUCUUAUUUUAUAGCUAGUCGUCUUGCUAGAUGGCUAAUUAGGCCUAUAGCUACAACGUUAGUCACCUUGAUGUUAAUUAGCCAGCUAACGUUAUAUACGUUGUUUACUUGACAACUUUAUAACAACGAUCUCAGUUAUUUAAUAUCUUUCGGUGUAUUUGCAGAUGGAGAUGGAGGACAGUAAAGGUGGUUCUGGUCUCCGGCAAUACUACUUGUCCAAAAUAGAAGAGUUACAGGUAAGCAAACACAGGUUUUCAUAAAAACGUUACAUGUUGUCAGUUGACACCGUAGUGACACUGCUAAUAUAAUUUGUCAAGCUAAGAAAUAACUGGUCUCUGCCUCCAGUUGACAGUGAAUGACAAGAGUCAGAAUCUCAGACGUCUACAGGCUCAGAGGAAUGAACUCAAUGCAAAAGGUAGGAAUGAUGGUUAUCUAUCCAGAACAACAACAGCUGAACUUAUCUUCUAAACAGCAAUGUAGCUAACUAGCUAGUAGGUAAUUAAUUGUGACAUAGUCUAAUUGAAGCAAUAAUUGUGUAGAUUAUAAAUUGUAAAUGCUGUGUCUGACUACUGUAAUUUGAUUGCACUCAGAAACAAAAUGUCACUUAGAAACAUGCAUAUCAUGAAUUGACAGUCAUUGUUCAAAUCUAUUUGCUUUGUCGCCAGUGCGUCUCCUUCGUGAGGAGCUGCAGUUGCUACAGGAGCAGGGUUCCUAUGUUGGCGAGGUGGUGAGGGCCAUGGACAAAAAGAAAGUGCUGGUCAAGGUGUGUAUAAUAGCUUUUUUAUGCUGAAAUAUAACCCAAACACAAACUUUUACGGUGGUACACUGUAGUUGCUCCCAGAUGACACUGACAGUCUACUGUAACUACUUGUCUCCAGGUCCAUCCAGAGGGAAAAUUUGUGGUGGAUGUGGAUAAGAAUAUUGACAUCAAUGAUGUAAGUAUGGAAACGUUGUUGAUAAUUUACCACAUUGUGGAGAGAACUAAAUAUGUUUCUGUGUACAAAGGUACAUGUAUCUGUGUACAAUACAGAUGAUAAACACACAAGAACCAUAUUUGAACGAUAUUUCUUUAUUUUUGUCUAAUUGGAGUAAGUGUUAAGGAAACAAAAUUCAGUUGAAAAGUAAAAAUAUCCACAUCCUAUUCAGGUGGCUGGACAGAAGAAGAAAAAAAACGGAAAUUAAGAAUAAAUGGAACAAAGUUCCUUAUUAUUUAUGAGUGUAUCAGACUGAUUAACCUUGUUGCCCAUUCCCAACAGGUGACUCCAAAUUGCCGCGUGGCACUGCGCAACGACAGCUACACCCUUCACAAGAUCCUGCCCAACAAGGUGGACCCGCUGGUCUCCCUCAUGAUGGUGGAGAAAGUUCCCGACUCCACCUACGAGAUGAUUGGCGGUCUGGACAAGCAGAUCAAGGAGAUCAAGGAAGUGAUCGAGCUGCCAGUCAAGCACCCAGAGCUCUUCGAGGCUCUUGGCAUUGCACAGCCCAAGGUGGGUGGCCCAAAAGGAAUAAGUCCCUUAUUGGGUUCUUGCUUAAUUCACAUGUUGUGUCAUCUGUAUAUGUUACCCACUCUUACAAGGUAAACUCAAACAAUUACCAUUUGCAUUUGAGUUUACCUUAUAAGCAUAAAGAGUGUCUGAAAGGGAUGCAACACUCCAAAAUCUAACUUUUGUCAGACCUUUUCAUACCUUGUUGGCAGUGUCCUAAGGUCUUAUUCUGUCCAGGUCUCACAGCAUUUAUCACAUAUAAACCUCAACAGUCUUGAUUCCCAGAAGGAACAGAAAGUGGCACCAGCUAAUUCCAGCAUAAUCACCCUAAAAUACAUCAUGACAUUUGAGAUGCACUAUGUGUCAUGUCUCUUAGGUUGUCUAACCCCCCUUGUUGUGUGCCUCUCCACCAGGGCGUGCUGCUGUACGGCCCCCCAGGCACAGGGAAGACCCUGCUGGCCAGAGCUGUGGCCCACCACACCGACUGCACCUUUAUCAGGGUGUCCGGCUCGGAGCUGGUGCAGAAGUUCAUUGGAGAGGGUGAGUCAUCAACGGUCAUUCAGUCAGCCAUUUCGGUUACCAUUCGACAGGGUUCCCAACCGUGAAGUAAUUCCCGUAAUGUCAAGGAAUUAAAGUUAGGGAAUUCCAGAAUCAGGGAGAUAUGUUUUGCUGCUUCCAUUCGCCAAAUAGCUGCUGUUUAGCUAGCUCAAGCAUAUUGAAGUGCAUUUCAGUCCAUUUUCAUGGAGCACUGCAAUGAGUGAAAGUAGUAGGCUAAAUGUCUCUCACCGUGUAAGUGGUAAAACAGAAGCUGUUAUUAUUAGUAUUUCACUCAUCACACUGCUGGCUGUAACCUUGCUCUCUUCCCCAUCCCAGGUGCCCGCAUGGUGCGCGAGCUGUUCGUCAUGGCCCGCGAGCACGCACCCUCCAUCAUCUUCAUGGACGAGAUCGACUCCAUCGGUUCGUCACGUCUGGAGGGGGGCAGUGGGGGCGACAGCGAGGUGCAGAGGACCAUGCUGGAGCUGCUGAACCAGCUGGAUGGCUUCGAGGCCACCAAAAACAUCAAGGUGGGUGACGCAUACAGAGAUACACCACUGUCGUCUUUAUAAUGCCUUAUAAAUUCUACUCUACAAUAAAACUUGCGCUUAUAUAACACCCACACUCUACACCCUUACUUAAUGUGUAUGCUAUUCCUCUGCUAUAACUCUCUUGACACCACUUUAUCUGCGGCUUCUCUCACUGAUUUCAAUCUGUCACUCUCCUGUCAGUACUGACUGACAACACUUUCUUUCCACUGCUCACCAAUCAAUCACACGCUAGAUAUUCUAUUCUCGAUUCACUGUCCUCCCACUCACUCUAACACUCUACAACCUCUCAAUCUGUAUUUGCAUGUUCUCUGUGAUGGUACAAAUAGACAGAACAAACAGUAUUUUUGAAAGACAAUUAUAUAGAAAUUAGCAAUAAAUGCAGAUUACAAAUAUUUCAUUAUGUCUAAAUGUUAUAAUAAGAAAAACCAUUGAAAAAGAGUAGUAUAGUUAAAAAAUAUUUAGAAAAUACCUAUGUGUUUAAAAUAUUUAAAUUUGAUGUUUGAAGACUAAAAGCAGCUAUGUCCAUGUUGAGCAGUUCAGUUCAGUGCUUGGCCCUCCUUCUUUGAGGCUGCUGACAGAGUGUCAGCAGCCUCAGAGACACCAAGCUGAUGUCCACGUCUAUCUGGGGCUGCUUGAUCCUGCGGCUCAGGUCCAGGCUGUAGCGGCGGGGCUGGCCAGAGGCAUUGGCCAGCAUGGAGUCCACCAUCGAGUGGUGAUCUUCUGGGACGCUGUGACCUUUGAUCCUCAGGUCCUUGGACCUGCCAGCGGGACUCCUCUCUGGGGGUGCUGGAUGGUGGGGGUGGACCGAAAGUCUGGGAGAAAGGCAGCGUUUUUGACAAAUCUGACCUCCAGGGGCUCCGCGAGCUCCCGCAGGCUCUCCUCCUGCUCCACCUCCCUCUUCCUCCUCUCCUGAUGCUAGAGGGAAGGGGGGAUGAAUGGACAGAGAAAGAAAGAGUAGGUCAACACCACAUGGUAUGACAAUCACACCCUUAACUCUAUCAAAGGGAAAAUAGUUUGAGUGGCUCUGUAACAGUACAGUACCGAGUGUAGAAAACAUUCAGAACAGCCUCAAUUCGUCUGGGCAUAGACUCAAUUCGUCUGGGCAUAGACUCAAUUCGUCAGGGCAUAGACUCUACAAGGUGUCGAAAGCAUUCCACAGUGAUGCUGGCCCAUGUUGACUCCAAUGCUUCCCACAGUUGUGUCAAGUUGGCUGGAUGUAUUUUGGGUGGUGGACCAUUCUUGAUACAAACGGGAAACUGUUAAAUGUGAAAAAUCCAGCAGAGUUGCAGUUCUUGACACACUCAAACCGGUGCGCACGGCACCUACUACCAUACCCCGUUUAAAGGAAAUUAAAUAUUUUGACUUGCCCAUUCACCCUCUGAAUGGCACACAUACACAAUCCAUGUCUCAAUUGUCUCAAGGCUUAAAAAACUUUAUUUGACCUGUCUCCUUCAGUUGUGUUGUGACAAGGUAGGGGUGGUAUACAGAAGAUAGCCCUAUUUGGUAAAAGACCAAGUCCAUAUUAUGGCAAGAACAGCUCAAAUAAGCAAAGAGAAAUGACAGUCCAUCAUUACUUUAAGACAUGAAGGUCAGUCAAUACGGAAAAUGUCAAGAACUUUGAAAGUUUCUUCAAGUGCAGUCGCAAAAACCAUCAAGCGCUAUGAUGAAACUGGCUCUCAUGAGGACCAUCAUAGGAAAGGAAUACCCAGAGCUCCCUCUGCUGCAGAGGAUACAUUCAUUAGAGUUACCAGCCUCAGAAAUUGAAGCCCAAAUAAAUGCUUCACAGAGUUCAAGUCACAGACACAUCUCAACAUCAACUGUUCAGAUGGGACUGUGUGAAUCAGGCCUUCAUGGUCGAAUUGCAGCAAAGAAACCAGUACUAAAGGACAAGAAGAAGAGACCAGCUUGGGCCAAGAAACACGAGCAAUGGACAUUAGACUGGUGGAAAUCUGUCCUUUUGGUCUGAUGAGUCCAAAUUUGAUAUUUUUGCUUCCAACCGCCGUGUCUUUGUGAGACGCAGAUUAGCUGAACGGAUGAUCUCCGCAUGUGUGGUUCCCACCGCGAAGCAUGGAGGAGGAGGUGUCAUGGUGUGGGGGUGCUUUGCUGAUGACACUGAGUGAUUUAUUUAGAAUUCAAGGCACACUUAACCAGCAUGGCUACCACAGCAUUCUGCAGCGAUACGCCAUCCCAUUUGGUUUGCGCUUAGUGGGACUAUCAUUUGUCUUUCAACAGGACAAUGACCCAAAACACAUCUCCAGGCUGUGUAAGGACUGUUUGACCAAGAAGGAGAGUGAUGGAGUGCUGCAUCAGAUGACCUGGCCUCCACAAUCACCCAACCUCAACCCAAUUGAGAUGGUUUGGGAUGAGUGGGACCGCAGAGUGAAGGAAAAGCAGUCAACAAGUGCUCAGCAUAUGUGGGAACUCCUUCAAGACUGUUGGAAAAGCAUUCCUCAUGAAGCUGGUUGAGAGAAUGCCAAGAGUGUGCAAAGCUGUCAUCAAGGCAAAGGGUGGCUACUUUGAAGAAUCUAAAAUAUAUUUUGAUUUAACACUUUUUUGAUUACUACAUGAUUCCAUGUGUGUUAUUUCAUAGUUUUGAUAUCUUCACUAUUAUUCUACAAUGUAGAAAAUAGUAAAAAUAAAGAAAAACCCUUGAAUGAGUAGGUGUGUCCAAACUUUUGACUGGUUCUGUAUAAUACAGUGACAUGACUCUGCCUCAGCCAUGUGAGAAAAGUCAUCCAGUUUGGUGAAGAACAUGACAGAGCUGGGCCUGGGGACCAUAGAAUUAGGAAUUACAAUACUAGAAUGGACAUGAACCUGCUUAUGAUGGUCCAAAGCUCAGCCAUGUUUGUCAGGUAGUUGGUUAACAAUGGUUUGCCAGUGCUUUGAUAAGAUAGUGUUAAAAUAUGAAUGUGAAGAAUGUAUCAGCACUGUAUGUGUGUGUUAGCUAGCUAGCUAGACAGUUUUAAAGGAAUGAUUCCAUGAAUUUUUCAAAUUAACUGCCAAUAUGCCAACAUUCCAUUCAAACAAUGCAGUCAAUCCACAGCUACACUGGCUCAAAUCAGUUGAUGCUAGGACUUGGACAAGUAGUAAAUGCAACAAGGACUGAUAUUGUAUCAUAUAAUAGCACUCACCAAGAAAACAACGAUUUUACUGAGUUAGAGUUCAUAUAAGGAAAUCAGUCAAUUGAAAUAAAUAAAUUAGGCCCAGAUCUAUGGAUUUCACAUCACUGGGCAGGGUGGGCCUGGGAGGGCAUAGGCCCACCCACUGGGGAGCCAGGCCCAGCCAAUCAGAGUUUCCCCCCACAAAAGGGCUUCAUUACAGACAAAUACUCCUCAGUUUCAUCAGCUGUCCGGUUGGGCCUGGCUCCCAAAAAGUUACAUUGUUGCCAGCAGCACAGUUACAGUCACCAACGCUCUGGAUAACAUGAAAACAGCCUAACCAGCUCUGCUAGGGCAAGUAAAAUGGUCAGAGUGAGGUGUUCUCUCAUUUGUGUCUGGAAGUAGCUAGCAAGCUACUGGUCUGCGUUCCAUUGACCUCUUUACUGCAUCUAUGCGAGUCUGGAAUUAGAAAUGAGUCAUUCAUUUUUGAAUUAUGAGGAUGUCAUAAGAAGCACUGAAGCACUCAGGAGCCAAAGGCUGCCAGUUCUAGAGUAAAUUAAUUGUUGUAGAUGUACAGGCCCAUUUAAUAAUGCUCAUUUUGACUCUUGGGUCAAAUGGUUCAAGGAUUUGGUGUAGGGCCAUGUUGUGAUAAAAUGUCAACAUUUUCCUGGAAUGGGCUACUGUUCAGCCCCACACAACCCUCCAUCCUUCCCUUUUACUUUGUGUAUCACUCUCCUAUCUGACACAAUACUCACACCACUUCAUAUAGCUCCUUCUACUGCUUUGUAUGAUGCCCACAUGUAACUGGAUUUGAAAUUAUUCAAUUUCUAGAGCAAACCUCUAAACAAAAUGCACAGAAACUUGCACAGUUGUAAAAGUAUUUAAAGUUAUUAUCCAACUUCCUAUCAUAUUUGUUUCUAAUUCUGUUGAAUUUACAGAACAAAUGUUGAGACUGGAGUAGCUGGGAAUAAUUUCUCUGGUCAGACGUGUUAAUUCCCUAAACCCUUUCUGUCUAAUGUUCUUGCAAUCUACAACCUACUUUCCCACACUGCAAUAUACAGUGCCUUCAGAAAGUAUUUUGUUGUUACAGCCUGAAUUAAAAAUGGAUUAAAUAAAAUGUUCUCACCCAUAUACUGACAAUACCCCAUAAUGACAAAGUGAAAACAUGUUUUUUGAAAUGUUUGCUAAUUUAUUGAAAAUUAAAUUUGAGAAAUAUCUCAUUUACAUAAGUAUUCACACCCCUGAGUCAAUACUUUGUAGAAGCACCUUUGGCGGGGAUUACAGCUGUGAGUCUUUUGGGGUAAGUCUUUCAGAGCUUUGCAAACCUGGAUUGUACAAUAUACAUUUAUUGUACAAUAUACAUACAUUUAUUAUUUUUUAAAUUCUUCAAACUCUAUCAAGUUGAUCGUUGCUAGACAGCCAUUUUCAUGUCUUGCCAUAGAUUUUCAAGCAGAUUUAAGUCCAAACUGUAACUAGGCCACUCAAGAACAUUCAAUGUUGUCUUGGUAAGCAACUCCAGUGUAGAUUUGGUCUUGUGUUUUAGGUUAUUGUCCUGCUGAAAGGUGAAUUCCUCAAAAAAAAAAACACCAGGUUUUCCUCUAGGAUUUUGCCUGUGCUUAUAGCUGUAUCCCGUUUCUUUUUAUCCCCCCAAAAAAACCUCCCUAGUCCUUGCCGAUGACAAGCAUACCCAUAACAUGAUGCAGCCACCACCAUGCUUGAAAAUAUGAAGAAUGGUAUACUGUGUUGUGUUGAAUUUGCCCCAAACAUGAUGCUUUGUGUUCAGGACAAAAAGGUCAUUUCUGUGCCAAUUUUGUUUGCAGUAUUACUUAAGUGCCUUGUUGCAAACAUGAUGCAUGUUUUGGAAUAUUUGUAUUCUGUACAGGCUUUCUUUUCAUUCUGUCAUUUAGGUUAUUAUUGUGGAGUAACUACAAUGUUAAUUCAUUCUGUUUUCUCAUAUCACAACCAUUAAACUCUGUAACUGUUUUAAAAUCACCAUUGGCCUCAAGGUAAAAUCCCUGAGCAGUUUCGAUCCUCUCUGGCAACUGAGUUAGGAAUGACACCUGUAUCUUUUGUAGUGACUGGUUGUAUUGUUACACAAUCCAAAGUCUAAUUAAUAACUUCACCAUAGGAUAUUCAGCGUCUGCUUUUUAUUAUUUUUUACACAUCUACCAAUCGGUGCCCUUCUUUGCGAGGUAUUGAAAAACCUCCUUGGUCAUUGUGGUUGAAUCUGUGAUUUGAAAUUCAACUACUCGAUUGAUUGACCUUACAGAUAUUUGUGUGUGUGGGGUACACAGAUGUCAUUCAAAAAUCAUGUUAACCACUAUUAUUACUGAACACGGAGUCCAUGCAACUUAUUAUGAUAUUUGUUAAGCACAUGUUUACUACUGAACUUUAGGCUUGCCAUAACAAAGGGGUUGAAUACUUAUUGACUCAAGACAUUUCAGCUUUUAAUUUGACACACUAAAUUCCACUUUGACAUUAUGGGGUAUUGUGUGUAGAUCAGUGACAGUGAAAAUAUCAAUUUAAUACAUUUUAAAUUCAGGCUGUAGUACAACAUGUGGAAAAAGUUAAGGGGUGUGAAUACUUACUGAAGGCACUGUAUUAUCUCCCCUUUACGUGUAGUAGUAAACAUUUCACGGUAAAGUCUACACCUGUUGUAUUCAGCACGUGACGAAAAUACAAUUUGAUUUCAGAUGUAUUGAACAUGUAUUUUGUUUGUAUUGAAAGAAAGUCACAUAGGGUUAGCCUUACAGGCUAACAUACAGUGCAUUCGGAAAGUAUUCAGAGCCCUUGACUUUUUCCACAUUUUGUUACGUUACAGCCUUAUUCAUUAAAUAGUUUUUUCCCCCUCAUCAAUCUACACAUAAUACCCCUUAAUGACAAAGCAAAAACAGGUUUUUAGAAUUGUUUGCACAUUUUAUUUAAAAAAACCCGGAAAUAUCACAUUUACAUACAGUGGGGAAAAAAAGUAUUUAGUCAGCCACCAAUUGUGCAAGUUCUCCCACUUAAAAAGAUGAGAGAGGCCUGUAAUUUUCAUCAUAGGUACACGUCAACUAUGACAGACAAAUUGAGAAAAAAUAUAUCCAGAAAAUCACAUUGUAGGAUUUUUAAUGAAUUUAUUUGCAAAUUAUGGUGGAAAAUAAGUAUUUGGUCACCUACAAAUAAGCAAGAUUUCUGGCUCUCACAGACCUGUAACUUCUUCUUUAAGAGGCUCCUCUGUCCUCCACUCGUUACCUGUAUUAAUGGCACCUGUUUGAACUUGUUAUCAGUAUAAAAGACACCUGUCCACAACCUCAAACAGUCACACUCCAAACUCCACUAUGGCCAAGACCAAAGAGCUGUCAAAGGACACCAGAAACAAAAUUGUAGACCUGCACCAGGCUGGGAAGACUGAAUCUGCAAUAAGUAAGCAGCUUGGUCUGAAGAAAUCAACUGUGGGAGCAAUUAUUAGGAAAUGGAAGACAUACAAGACCACUGAUAAUCUCCCUUGAUCUGGGGCUCCACGCAAGAUCUCACCCUGUGGGGUCAAAAUGAUCACAAGAACGGUGAGCAAAAAUCCCAGAACCACACGGGGGGACCUAGUGAAUGACCUGCAGAGAGCUGGGACCAAAGUAACAAAGCCUACCAUCAGUAACACACUACGCCGCCAGGGACUCAAAUCCUGCAGUGCCAGACGUGUCCCCCUGCUUAAGCCAGUACAUGUCCAGGCCCGUCUGAAGUUUGCUAGAGUGCAUUUGGAUGAUCCAGAAGAGGAUUGGGAGAAUGUCAUAUGGUCAGAUGAAACCAAAAUAUAACUUUUUGGUAAAAACUCAACUCGUCGUGUUCGGAGGACAAAGAAUGCUGAGUUGCAUCCAAAGAACACCAUACCUACUGUGAAGCAUGGGGGUGGAAACAUCAUGCUUUGGGGCUGUUUUUCUGCAAAGGGACCAGGACGACUGAUCCGUGUAAAGGAAAGAAUGAAUGGGGCCAUGUAUCGUGAGAUUUUGAGUGAAAACCUCCUUCCAUCAGCAAGGGCAUUGAAGAUGAAACGUGGCUGGGUCUUUCAGCAUGACAAUGAUCCCAAACACACCGCCCGGGCAACGAAGGAGUGGCUUCGUAAGAAGCAUUUCAAGGUCCUGGAGUGGCCUAGCCAGUCUCCAGAUCUCAACCCCAUAGAAAAUCUUUGGAGGGAGUUGAAUGUCUGUGUUGCCCAGCGACAGCCCCAAAACAUCACUGCUCUAGAGGAGAUCUGCAUGGAGGAAUGGGCCAAAAUACCAGCAACAGUGUGUGAAAACCUUGUGAAGACUUACAGAAAACAUUUGACCUGUGUCAUUGCCAACAAAGGGUAUAUAACAAAGUAUUGAGAAACUUUUGUUAUUGACCAAAUACUUAUUUUCCACCAUAAUUUGCAAAUAAAUUCAUAAAAAAUCCUACAAUGUGAUUUUCUGGAAUUUUUUCCCUCAUUUUGUCUAUCAUAGUUGACGUGUACCUAUGAUGAAAAUUACAGGCCUCUCUCAUCUUUUUAAGUGGGAGAACUUGCACAAUUGGUGGCUGACUAAAUACUUUUUUUCCCCACUGUAAGUAUUCAGACCCUUUACUCAGUACUUUGUUGAAGCACCUUUAGCAGCGAUUACAGCCUCGAGUCUUCUUGGGUAUGACGCUGCAAGCUUGGCAGACCUGUAUUUGGGGAGUUUCUCCCAUUCUUCUCUGUAGAUCCUCUCAAGCUCUGUCAGGUUGGAUGGGGAGCGUCGCUGCACAGCUAUUUUCCAGAGAUGUUCGAUCGGAUUCAGGUCCGGGCUCUGGCUGGGCCACUCAAGGACAUUCAGAGACUUGUCCCGAAGCCACUCCUACGUUGUCUUGGCUGUGUGCUUAGGGUUGUUGUUCUGUUGGGAGGUGAACCUUCGCCUCAGUCUGAGGUACUGAGCGCUCUGGAGCAGGUUUUCAUCAAGGAUCUCUCUGUACUUUGCUCCGUUCAUCUUGAUCUUGACUAGUCUCCCUGUCCCUGCCGCUGAAAAACAUCCCCACAGCAUGAUGAUGCCACCACAAUGCUUCACCGUAGGGAUGGUGCCAGGUUUCCUCCAGACGUGACGCUUGGUAUUCAGGCGAAAUAGUUCAAUCUUGGUUUCAUCAGACCAGAGAAUCUUGUUUCUCAUGAUCUGAGAGUCCUUUAGGUGCCUUUUGGCAAACUCCAAGCGGGCUGUCGUGCCUUUUCACUGAGGAGUGGCUUCUGUCUGGCCACUUUACCAUAAAGGCCUGAUUGGUGGAGUGCUGUAGUGAUGGUUGUCCUUCUGGAAGGAUCUCCCAUCUCCACAGAGGAACUCGGGUUCUUGGUCACCUCCCUGACCAAGGCCCUUCUCCCCCGAUUGCUCAGGUUGGCCGGGCGACCAGCUCUAGGAAUAGUCUUUGUAGUUCCAAACUUCUUUCAUUUAAGAAUGAUGGAGGCCACUGUGUUCCUGGACCUUCAAUGCUGCAGACAUUAUUUUGGUACCCUUCCCCAGAUCUGUGCAUCGACACAAUCCUGUCUCGGAGCUCUACGGACAAUUCCUUCGACCUCAUGGCUUGGUUUUUGCUCUGAUAUGCACAGUCAACUGUGGGACGUUAUAGACAGGUGUGUGCCUUUCCAAAUCAUGUCCAAUUAAUUGAAUUUACCACAGAUGGACUCCAAGUUGUAGAAACAUCUCAAGGAUGAUCAGUGGAAACAGGAUGCACCUGAGCUCAAUUUCAAGUCUUAUAGCAAAGGGUCUGAAUACUUAAGUAAACAAGGUAUUUCUUAAAAACCUGUUUUGGCUUUGUCAUUAUAGGGUAUUGUGUGUAGAUUGAUUAACAUUUAUGUAUUUAAUCAGUUUUAGAAUAAGGCUGUAACAUAACAAAAUGUGGAAAACGUCAAGAGGUCUGAUUACUUUCCUAAUGUACUGAAUCUAGAAAAGAAGGGCAUACCAAAGAAGCCAAUGGUGAUAAGGUGAAUAAAGAAGCUGAAUAAGACCCAAGGACUAAUAUUGUAUGUUAAAUGUGUUUGUUCUGUUUCAGGUCAUCAUGGCCACCAACCGUAUUGACAUCCUAGACUCUGCCUUGCUCCGACCCGGCCGCAUCGACAGGAAGAUCGAGUUCCCCCCUCCCAAUGAAGAGGUCAGUACUGCCCAAUAUUUUUUUUGCCCCUAAAACAUUCUGUGAUGAUCAAAAUAGUAAAAAUCUGCCUUGGGCCGGAUUUAAUCUGUUGGUGCUUUGUUAGCUGUGCACCUUUUAAAGAGUGACUGCCCCUAAAAGCAACUCCUCGUUUAGAAUGUGGCAUCAAUUUGAGUCAGAAACAUUUAUUUUAGUGUCAAAAUUUACUACAAAGUCAAUCUCGUCCAAAACAGAGAUUUGCAAGAUGAUAGGGGGAAAGAUUAUGCAACAGAAUUAAGGUUACCGUAACAGUUGUCCUUGGGUUGGGUUUAUUUCAAUUAUGCCCAGAGAUGGCAUCACCAAAGUAAUCAUCAGUUCUGAGCGCAGCACUACGAUACCUGGUCGUAAUUUACAUUUUAGUCAUUUAGCAGACGCUCUUAUCCAGAGCGACUUACAGUUAGUGAGUGCAUACAUUUUCAUACUGGCCCCCCGUGGGAAACGAACCCACAACCCUGGCGUUGCAAGCGCCAUGCUCUACCAACUGAGCUACAGGGGACUAUGGUAAUGCCCAUGGUCAAUUUGGUUUGACAUUCGAUAUCCCUAUGGGGCUAGCUAGGGACCAUCAGUAAAUUACACUAUGUACACAAUAUUUUACAUGUCACUAACUCCAAAUUUCAAUGACUUAAAAACCUCAAACCAACUAUAAAUUGUAGAAAUGCAUAUACAUAUAUUGAAAGCAUUUGAGACAACUAAAAGAUGUGCAACAUGAAAAUAUUAUUGACGGUCCCUAAUUAGCCCCAGAGAUAGGCUAUCCAAUGUCAAACCAACUUUGCCACAGUCGCACACCAGCCAGCUGAAGCUAAUUGAAGAAGAAAGAAAUAGCACUAGCUAUACUAGGCGACUUCAAGACACAAGACCUGGUUAGACUGUUUCAAGUUAUCUAUCAGGCCGAAAAACGAGGCCAAAUCAGGAAGUUCAGCCCCCCUUUAAAGGCAAUGUUCCCGCGUUCGCGGAGGACUCAUUCACGGUAAACGCUGCAUAUGUCGGCUCAAUCGGAAAUUACCUUUAAAUGUCAAGCGCACUAUAAUGUAGAUUUUUGCUGAUCGGAUUGAAUCCCGGACUCGGUAUGGCAAGACGGCACAGUGCAACAUAUUUUGAGUGUCGGUAGUAAUGAUUAGAUCUGUUAGUGUUGUAUCCUGUACCAUUUGUUAAUUUAAAAAUAUAUAUUUAUACAGUACCAGUCAAAAGUUUGGACACCUACUCAUUCAAGGGUUUUUCUUUAUUUUUACUAUUUUCUACAUUGUAGAAUAAUAGUGAAGACAUCAAAACUAUGAAAUAACACAUGGAAUAAUGUAGUAACCCAAAAAGUGUUUUAAAAAAUCUAAAUAUAUUUUAGAUUCUACAAAGUAGCCACCCUUUGCCUUGAUGACAGCUUUGCACACUCUUGGCAUUCUCUCAACCAGCUUCAUGAGGAAUGCUUUUCCAACAGUCUUGAAGGAGUUCCCACAUAUGCUGAGCACUUGUUGGCUGCUUUUCCUUCACUCUGCAGUCCAACUCAUCCCAAACCAUCUCAAUUGGGUUGAGGUUGGGUGAUUGUGGAGGCCAGGUCAUCUGAUGCAGCACUCCAUCACUCUCCUUCUUGGUCAAUUAGCCCUUACACAGCCUGGAGGUUGAAUGCUAUGGUAGCCAUGCUGGUUAAGUGUGCCUUGAAUUCUAAAUAAAUCACACAGUGUCACCAGCAAAGCACCCCCACACCAUCACACCUCCUCCUCCAUACUUCACGGUGGGAAACACACAUGCGGAGAUCAUCCGUUCACCUACUCUGCGUCUCACAAAGACACGGAAGUUGGAACCAAAAAUCUCAAAUUUGGACUCAUCAGACCAAAGGACAGAUUUCCACCGGUCUAAUGUCCAUUGCUUGUGUUUCUUGGUCCAAGCAAGUCUCUUCUUCUUAUUGGUGUCCUUUAGAAUUGGUUUCUUUGGAGCAAUUCACCAUGAAGGGUUCGUGACGUGACUUUCAUUAAUUUGAAGACUGUUAUUUAUCGAAUAAUUACCUACUAUGUUUAAUUGUUACUAGAUUAAAUUAAUCAUGUAACAAUUAACUCAUUAGGAAUUUGGGGCACCACGGGAAAAGUUGUUUAACAAGUUACCGUUUCCCGAAUUAACUCUAAAGAUCAGUGGAGACGGCACGGUUAGCUGUGAUCAUACUUGGUUGGUUUUCCAAUCCAUCAGUGGGAUAAAACGAUCCAUCAAGUCUGCUCCGAGUAGCAGGGGUUCACUUUCGAGGCUGGUAACAUACACAGGGUGAACAAGCGAUACGUCUUCGAAGUGUAGUUUUAGCAUGAGUCUCAAUGUGAGAGGCGAGGUCUGAGUGAAACCUUGAAGUUUAGUAUCCCAUCGUUCCGUUUUUAACCAACGUUUUGCUGGGUUCAAAGCCCUUUUGCAAUCAUUGAACAACGUUUGAGAGAUGAGCGAUAUUGUCGAGCCCGAAUCAAUUAGCUCGUGACAGGAUAAGCAGUCCUCCAGGACUGUUUCCAGGUAUGGGCUGUUUGAGUCGCGUUUUUGUGGUCAUAUUCCCCACAAAGUGGAGUGGUUGUUCGCAUUGACGUGAUGUGUCAUUAGUGUUCAUGGUGAAAACAGAUCGACUUAUCGGGUUUUGAGUGGAAUUGGCUAAUGCGAUGUUUUUUACCUUUUGCUUCGCAGCAUUUGUAUCAGAGUCUAUAGACAAAGCCUGUAUGCUUGUUUCUAGAUCGAGCGGGCCCUGGAUAAGGUCUAGAGUGGGAGUAAGUUGAUCGUUUACAUCCUCGCAAAUUGUGUUAAUUUUGGCAGGCCUGUUGUCCGGCAAAUCCACAUCUAGUCAUAAUUACUUGUCUUUUUCCCCUUUCUCAAAAUGUUUGCACUUCUGUACUUCUCUUAGCAGAACUUCUAGAGAGAAUCUGUUUAAGUUGUGAUCGUCAUUGAACCGUUUGUUACCCUGGUUACCGUUGUGCCCUGACACUUUGUGUGGGUUGGGUGCAGGAACGUAGCGAUCAGGUUGAUUGUAGCGGUAGUUGUUUCGCUGGCGGCAUACUUUACAGUUAUUUCGACCGCAGCGGGUAUUGGGAUCGUGUUUUCGUGGUAGAAACCGUUGUUCUGUGUCAUCACUCAACGCUUCAAUAGCUGAUAACUGGAGUGAGUGCUCCUGUUCAAUCUUCAAACCCAAGAUUACAAGGCUCUUAGCGUUGCGCACUUUUGAUGCCUCAAAAGCUCUGAGGUCUGAGAUUGGCAAACCAAUGUGGGCUGUAGGACAUGUUCGACAGAAACAUUUGUUUGAAUGGUAAUAGCUCUUCCAUUCCUGUUUCAGUGAGUAGGCCACAGUAAGCUGAACGAAGCCUAUUAUAGGAAGCUUGUGGGUGUUCAUUCCGAGCUUGUUUGAGAGUGUUAGCCAGCGAGCUGUCGUGUUUACGACUCACUGAACCACUGAAUUCUAUUUUCAAAGCCAUGGCAAGUUUAGCGUAGUUGUUUUGCACGUGUUGCUGUUGUAUAUGAAUGAACCUUGUCACGUGUUUGUCAACGUUUGUUUCAACAGGUAAAGCCUUUCAGAAUCCGUAGCGUUCGGGUAGCCAUCCAAGGUGUCCUCUAUGUCUGCUAGGAACGUCUGUGUCGUUUGGCUUACCUGGAACGGGGUCAAAGGUGCAGAAGUUUUUGACGAGUUUGUCAAGGUGUUCCGUGCCGAGUGAGUGGAGAGGGUUGGCUUCAUCCUGUCGGGAAUUGUGGGCCAAGAGGAGAAACCAAGCUUUGGCUUUGUUGGCGAGGAGGCGCCAUAUUACUCUGCCAAAUGGCCAAGAGGAGAAAACUGAGGGACACCUGAGAGAGGCGAUGUCUGAAACCUUCUGUCGUCUUCACUCCUUUCUGUACCGAGCUCCUGUUGCGAGCUUGGUUGCUUGACUGGGAAGUCACGCUGUAGCGCCAGACUGUUCUGGAAUUCCUCCAGAUGGUACCUAACGGUUGUAAUCUGCUGCAUAGCAGAGUCCACUUGAGCGCUUAGAGUACUUAUUUUAGACACGUGAGUGUCGCACUUGCUUCGUUCGGCCUCAUACUUAUCUGUCAUGGUUUGCAGGUAGAGGUCUUGAGUACGGAGCGAGAGAUUCAGUGAUGAGAUUUCCUCCGCUUACUUAGAAAUCAAUUUGUCCCUCUUCAUCACCUGGGUUCUCGCAUCAUUCAUUUGGUCAGCGACUUCAAUGAGUUCCGCUGAUUUGUCAUCCAACUUGGUCAUUGUGUUCAGUAACUGAUCGUCUUUGGCCUGCAGCAUUUGGACUAGAAUAUUAUUGCUUUGAGAAACGUUCAUCAAAACUGCAUGCAUGUUGUCAAGUUGGGCGCUCCUGUUUGUAGAUGUAUCUAGUUUAGCGUGGACCUCGUCAUAUUUUGUUUUGGCUAAAUCGAGUUGUUAAUGUAGAACACGAUUUUGUUGAAGUUUUUGUGCUCGUUCAUCGUAAUACGUUUUCGCAAUUAAUUUAAUUGUUCCGUUUUCAAACGCAGUUCCAUGGGUAGCAGUAUUUUUCCCUUUUCUACUCUUGUCAUUAGUGUCCCGGUUCUCUUCACCUGUCCCUUCAUGUCAACUGGUUCUUGCUCGUGCUUCUGCUGUGCACUGCAGUACUGGAGAGAUGCCAAUCUCUGAUGGCGAUACAUCAGGGCUAAACUGGAGAGAACAUUUACAAAGCCAGCGCCCGAUGGUGUACUUUGGAGGGCGUUUGUCGCAAUUUCUGCUGUUUUUCCGCUAAUGGCAUAGUUAGGGUUGAUAUCGCUGAUGAGGGCAACGAUCAAUCAUUUUAUUGGUGAGGGUUCACUAAUUAGCGGGGGAAUGGGGACCACCCCCUCUGAUAGCUUGUACAUUAUUUAAAUUUUGGGUUUUGCGUUGUUGGAAGCUGCAAAAACUAUUUUAAUCUAUUUAUAUACGUUAAUGGACCAUCAACUGGAUCAGUAAUGUGGGAGUUGGAUAUGAAUUAAUUUGCAAAAGCAAAUGUAAUUGAUUAAUCAAUGUUAAUGAUUAAUCAUACCUGUAUAGGCUAUCUGGGAAUUAAACUUUAGUUAUCCUGAUAGCAUCGCUGUAUCUAAAUUAAUGUGGAGAAAUGUAAAAUGUCUCAUUGGUUUGAACAAAUACAUUUGGACCUUAUCCAAAUGACCAACCCUGAAAAAGGUUUGUUUGACAAUUCACCUUCCUGGUUAAAUCGAAUUUACAUUUUACAUUUUUAGUCAUUUAGCAGACGCUCUUAUCCAGAGCGACUUACAGUUAGUGAAUAAUUUUUUUUUUUUUAUACUGGCCCCACAUGGGAAUCGAACCCACAACCCUGGCGUUGCAAUGAGACGAUGAUAUCCAAUCAGUUGAGAUUGGAUGGAUAUCAUACAGUGUAACCCGUUGUAACAGUGGGUUAAGAGUGUGCCCUCGAAUUGAAUAAAAAUAAAACAACUAUUACUGCCGAUUCUUCACCACCAGAGGUCGCUGACCGCAGAAAGCUGAAAUCAAACGGGAGUCCCGAUGGGGCGGAACUUCAGUUGGAACAAAGGGAGAAACAAAAAUGGCUGCUCUCCCGUCAUUAGCUUAGCAUCUAGUGCAAAGCUAGCCCUACUUGUACAGGAAUCUCACAUCCAAGUACACACAGGGUCCCCUUUAACUAGGGAAGGGGUUUAUUAAUGACGUCUCACGUUAACCCUUUCGGCGAUUCUUUGCUAGCAAUGUUUUACCGGAACACGCGAAAACAUAAAAUAAAUACCCGCCUUGAACUCCUCACGCUACUGAAACGCGAGAGAUAAUCAGUCUGUUUCCGUCAACCAAAUAUAUCUACUCAAAUUUCUAUAAUUGGCGGGCCCAUAUGUCCACGCUCUAGAAAUUAAUUAUGACCGAGUCUACUCGCUCCUGAAACGCGAGAGACAGAAAUAGUACUAUGUUUGGCCCAACUAGUCUAUUUCUCUUGAUACCUAUAUUGGCUGGCCCAUAUGUCCUAGCUCGUAGCAUACACACUGACUUUUCGUUAGAUAUACAACACCGGAGUCAAUCUCUCCCUACUAGUAUCUGGAUGAAAAGGGACCACACACACACGCCACUCUCAACAAUAAUCCUGCGUACAGCGCUAUUGGUGUAUAACAUAUCUUGCUACACAAUUCCUAUAGACUGAAUUCAACAGUAAGGCCUUGUUUUAUCUUAGACUCCUCACAGGGGGCACCAAUAUGUUGUGACGUGACUUUCAUUCAUGUGAUGACUGUUAUUUAUCAAAUAAUACCUACUAGAUUAAAUUAAUCAUGUAACAAUUAACUCAUUAGGAAUUUGGGGCACCACGGGAAAAGUUGUUUAACGAGUUACCGUUUCCCGAAUUAACUCUAAAGAUAUCUAGAUAUCUCAUAUAAUUUAACAGUCACUUAUUAAUCAUUUACCUCAUAAGUCUCAUUCUGAAAGUCGUAGACUCCUUAAAUCCGCACAAACCCGGGUCUUACUGAUCGUUCCGUACCCCACAAAUUGAUUUAAUUAUUUAUUUAUUCACUAACUAAUAAAAAUUAUAACACAAGAUACAAACACAUACACGGUAUAAGUUAGGGAUUAGAAACUUAAUACAAUGAAAACAGGUCCCUAGCGGACUAACACAAUAUGACACUUGUUACAAAAGAUGGUCAGUUAGAGAGAGAGGGAACACUUGGAUACACAUGGAGCUACGCUCACAGUAAUCCUAAUACCUUGCCCCCGAACUGCCGCCCGUUCUGCAGUCUGUGGACUGACAGGGUAAUGUUCACUCUCCCUGUUUUGGAAGAGUGAUCUUCUGAGGACGGCUAAUCAGCCGGGUCGAUGAUCCGUGUCAAUGGGGUGAUGAGAACAGUGUUGUUGAUGAUGAUUUGAAGAGAGUAGCCGGAUGGUCCUACUUAAAUUCACUUUCUUAGAUAUAGUACUUAGAAAAUGUUCUCAACCAUAGCAUUGACUGUUAGAGGCUCCUUUGUCUUCUUCAACCACAUGUUGGGUUUCAGGGUCGUGACCAAUAUAGACCUAGCUGCAGCUUGAGGUCCGUCUAGUCUACCUGUUGAUUCUUAACUCAACUUUUUAUACACUCUGGUAAAGCGGGCGUUUGCGUCAUGCUGACACUCUUUCUGAGUUCCCGUGGGCGUGGCUAGUUACUGGAGCAAAGUAUCCUGAACACUAUGAUUUUGUUAGAGAACCAAAAUCAUCUUCCUAUCUUUACAAAAAUAUUAUCUUCCUUCGCAACGUAACGGAUGCAAACUUGAAAUGCACAGUAUGAAAGCUCUUCAAGUUACAAUAUUUUAAUUAUAACGUUUUUAUACAAGUUUUAAUGACAUCACAAAAUAUUCAUUAAUUUUCCAUAUUCCCUCUGUCAUCAUGCCCAACAUUCGGAUGUUGAAAUAUACUGUUCCAGUGUCCACCUUUGGUCGUUAGAGUUUUUGGGCAGCAAUCACAGAGACAUUCAGAUCACCAAUACUAGGGACAAACAAGGAGUCGUUUGAUUGGUGCGAGGGGUCAUAAAACCCCCCACAUCAAUCCCUCAUUUGUUCUGCGGGAGAGAGAGAGAUCUGUAAACUGUUACUUCUCUGUAUUCUGAUCUUGGGCUUCUCACGUGGGACCAUCACAUGAGUCAUGACAAAGGCCUGAUUCACACAGUCUCCUCUGAACAGUUGAUGUUGAUGUGUCUGUAACUUGAACUCUGUGUAGCAUUUAUUUGGGCUGCAAUCUGAGGUGCAGUUAACUCCAAUGAACUUAUCCUCUGCAGCAGAGGUAACUCUGGGUCUUCCAUUCCUGUGGCAGUCCUCAUGAGAGCCAGUUUCAUCAUAGAGCUUGAUGGUUUUUGCGACUGCACUUGGAAGGGACUUUCAAAGUUCUUGAAAUGUUCCGGAUUGACUGACAUUCAUGUCUUAAAGUAAUGAUGGACUGUCAUUUCUCUUUGCUUAUUUGAGCUGUUCUUGCCAUAAUAUGGACUUGGUCUGUUACCAAAUAGGGCUAUCUUCUGUAUGCCACCCCUACCUUGUCACAACACAGCUGAUUGGCUCAAACGCAUUAAGAAGGAAAGAAAUUCCCCAAAUUAACUUUUAAGAAGGCACACCUGUUAAUUGAAAUGCAUUCCAGGUGACUACCUCAUGAAGCUGGUUCAGAGAAUGCCAAGAGUGUGCAAAGCUGUCAUCAAGUUAACGGGUGGCUAUUUGAAUAAUCUCAAAUAUAAAAUAUAUUUUGAUUUGUUUAACACUUUUUUGGUUACUACAUGAUUCCAUAUGUGUUAUUUCAUAGUUUUGAUGUCUUCCCUAUUAUUCUACAAUGUAGAAAAUAGUAAAAAUCAAGAAAAACCCUGGAAUGAGUUUGCGUGUCCAAACUUUUGACUGUUACUGUAUAUUUAUUUUUAAAUAAAGGAUUUAUACCAAUGAGUCUAGUCCAGCAUCCUCACUGUCUCCUCACACUCAGAUAUUUGUGUAUUUGUGCUGCCACUCAUUCAUCUUCAUGUGAGCAGUUUGCUUCUACAGUGUCUUAAUUCUGGCCCGUCCCAUUUCAUUCUGCUCCUCCUCAGGCCCGUUUGGACAUUCUGAAGAUCCACUCAAGGAAGAUGAACUUGACGCGUGGUAUUAACCUGAGGAAGAUUGCAGAACUGAUGCCCGGAGCCUCCGGGGCCGAGGUUAAGGUAAUAGACUGAGACGCACAGUUUGGAAUAGGGCCCACCAUAUGAAGGCUAGCACAGGGCUGAGGAAGACAGUUCAGUGUAUGAGGGGUUCAGUGUAUGACUGCUAGUAGGGAAGCCUUUGGCCCCGUCCAGAGAUGACCCCUAGCCCCUAUCCCUUAGACAGUUGUGUAGAUCUGUUUGUUUCACCAUUGUACAUUUUACAUUUUGUAAUAGUUUGUUGUAGUGGACACAUGUCCCACAGGGUUUUACAUUUACGUUGUGUGUAGAAUAUCAGGAGAGAAUAACCGCAGACUUGAUCCUCCCCAAGUUAUUGAAUGGGGCCCACCACAUUAGGGCUAGCACAUGCACAAGGGCAGAACAUGUACAACUAGGGUUGUUGCAGUGACUGUAUUAUCGCCACACCGGCAGUCAUCAGUCAUAACCGCAGUAAAAUUCUAUGUGACCAUUGCAUCACGAUAAUCUCCUAGUAGUGCCCAACUCGCUAAUGAUCAUCAAGUCGCUAAUGGCCUGGUACUCAGGGCUCUGCUGUCCCUCUAACCACUCUGACAUCAAUGCAAAUGCAGUCGAAAAUCACAAACACUUAUCAUCAAACCAGUAUGUGCUAUUAAAACUCACCUCCUAUGAUUGAUCCAUUUGAAGAAAGAAGUUCAAUAACAGGUUGAAACUGAGUGGAAAACAUGGUUGUGGUGGAUGUGGUUUCAAAUCCUACACAAUGAAAUGGACAGCGCUUUCUAAGUUGAUGAUUAAUCCAAAACAACAAUUUUUUAGACUUUUUUAAAAUGUAGAUGUUCCAUCAGCGGCUUGUAUGCGUGGAGGCCUGGAGAUGCAAAACGUGUUUAUGUUAAUUAACGGUAAAUUACCGUGAGACCGGCAGUCUUUUACAUGACAAUAACUGGCUGACAAAAAGUCAUGACCGCCACAGCCCUAUGUACAACUAGCCAUCCUGAAACAUCCCCUAGCCCAGGGAUUGGUAACCCUGUUCCUGGAGUGCCUUAGUCUUCGACCACUGUGGGUAUUAAUGACUUUUUCUUAUUUCACCAUGGUAAAACCUUUGUGUGUUUCUGUUCCAUCUUGCUUCUCAGGGUGUGUGCACCGAGUCAGGGAUGUACGCCCUCAGGGAGAGGAGAGUGCACGUCAACCAGGAGGACUUUGAGAUGGCUGUUGCCAAGGUUAGUCUUCUAUCCUAACACUCUCCAAGAGACAGUUUGUCUCUAUUUUACCUCUAGCUCCCUUUAUUGUCUAUAUAAUGCCUAAUAUAUCAAUACUACACUGAACAAAAAUAUAAACACAACAUGUAAAGUGUUGGUCCCAUGUUUCGUGAGCUGAAGUAAAAGAUUAAAGACAUUUCCCGUACGCACAAAAAGCUUUUCUCUCAAAUGUUGUACACACAUUUGUUUCCUUGUUAGUGACCAUUUCUCCUUUGCCAAAAUAAUCUAACCACCUGACAGGUGUGGCAUAUCAAGAAGCUGAUUAAACAGCAUGACCAUUACAUAGGUGCCACUCUAAAAUGUGCAAUUUUGUCACACAACACAAUGCCACAGAUGUCUCAAGUUUUGAGAGGGCAUGCAAUUGUUAACUGACUGCAGGAAUGUCCACCAGAGCUGUUGCCAGAUUAAAAAUGUUCAUUUCUCUACCAUAAGCUUCCUCCAACGUUGUUUUAGAGAAUUUGACAGUACGUCCAACCGGCCUCACAACCGCAGACCACGUGUAACCACGCCAGCCCAGGACCUCCAGUUCCGGCUUCUUCACCUGCAGGAUCGUCUGUGCUAAGCCACCCGGACAGCUGAUGAAACUGUGGGUCAACCAAAGAAUUUCUGCACAAACUGUCAGAAACCAUCUCAGGGAAGCUCAUCUGCGUGCUUGUCAUCCUCACCUGAAUGCAGUUCGACGUCGUAACCGACUUCUUCAGUGGACAAAUGCUCACCUUCGAUGGCCACUGGCACGCUGGAGAAGUGUGCUCUUCACGGAUAAAUUCCAGUUUCAACUGUACCGGGCAGAUGGCAGACAGCGUAGCGUGUAUGGCGUCGUGUUGGCGAGCGGUUUGCUGAUGUCAACGUUGUGAACAGAGUGGCCCAUGGUGGCGGUGGGGUUAUGGUAUUGGCAGGCAUAAGUUACGGACAAUGAACAUAAUUACAUUUUAUCGAUAGCAAUUUGAAUGCACAAAGAUACCGUGAUGAGAUCCGGAGGCCCAUUGUCGUGCCAUUCAUCCGCCGCCAACACCUCAUGUUUCAGCAUGAUAAUGCACGGCCCCAUGUCGCAAGGAUCUGUACACAAUUCCUGAAAGCUGAAAAUGUCCCAGUUCUUCCAUGGCCUGCAUACUCACCUGCAUAUGUCACCCAUUUGAGGAUGUUUGGGAUGCUCUGGAUCGACGUGUCGACAGCGUGUUCCAGUUCCCGCCAACAUCCAGCAACUUCGCACAGCCAUUGAAGAGUAGAUGGACAACGUUCCACAGGCCACAAUCAACAGCCCGGUCAACUCAAUGUGAAAGAGAUGUCGCACUGCAUGAGGCAAAUGGUGGUCAUACCAGAUACUGACUGGUUUUAUGAUCCACGCCUCUACUUUUUUUUUUAAAGGUAUCUGUGAUCAACAGAUGCAUAUCUGUAUUCCCAAUCAUAUGAAAUCCGUAGAUUAGGGCCUAAUUAAUUUAUUUCAAUUUACUGAUUUCCUUAUAUGAACUGUAACUCAGUUAAGUCUUUGAAAUUGUUGCAUGUUGCGUUUAUAUUUUUGUUCAUUGUAGUUGAUCAGAGAUUUUGUAUACAAUUUUUAUUUUAUCUAUACUGGUCCCAGAUCUGUUUUGUCGUCUUUCCAAACUGUUUGACAUGACAACGACCAUAGGAGUUGGCUAUAUACAGCUCAAACAGAUUUUGGACCAGACUAACUUAUAUCUGUGUCUUGUCAUAAAAAAUUAAAAAAUAGUCGAUUGAUGUGCCAGCGUGUCAAUUGCAUUAAUAUAAUACAAAAAUCCCCCCCAAAAUCCCCAUAAGAAUGUGUUUAAGCUAGACUUAUUUGGUACCGGUCUGCAUCUCAGUCCACCGCAUCCGCCUAUGUCAGCCUUCCACAUCUGCGAUGGCAGGUGGCAGAGCUACAGCGCUAUUUGUCAGACCGGGAGACAUCCCGAAAAUCUGUCUUCUCACAAACAAACGUCUUUAGCGUUUUGCUCUACGACCCCCACAAUCCCCACGGGACUCGUCUGAAGUCAGUACCACCAAUGUGCCAACUUCUGUCUGUAGCGUCCGAACGGUUUGGGCUACAAACUAAUAUGACCACUAGUGUUGUCACGAUACCAGAUGUUUUGCUUCAAUACCAGGUUUAGUAUCAUAAUACUCGAUACUCUCAAUCCGUAUAUGACGUGAGACAAAUGACAGAAGUACCGAAUGUAACAACGAUUCUAGGACUGUACGGUUUUUCAUGUUCUAGUAUCGGAAAAAGUACAUACGUUUCGGUAUACCGUGCAACAUUAAUGACCACAUUAUGGAAACGAGAGACUCACGAACAUGAUGGUGUUCUGUCCGUGUUGCCCCCCACAAGUGUCACAGGACUCGUCUGAAGGUAACCCGGUACCGGUUUAAAAAGUGAUUGGAAGUAUGGAAGUAGUUUUGUGCCAACAAAAAAAGGGGUUUAAAUAUGUGUCAAAAUAUAUAUUUCCUGAGCUUUCAUGUAUCUCCUAGAUAUAGGACAGACACUUCAAAACCUUAUUUUCUUAUGAUUUAUUUUUUGACUGUCUGUUUUACCAUGUAUGAAUGUUUUAUUCAAUGCAUUUCAAUGGGCUAUAGCCAGGACUCUAAAGUCUGACCAAUUUGGUCGCAUGUGCAACAAAAUAUUUUGCUGUGCGACCAGGAGUUUUAUUUUGGGAGCACUGUGCGACUCGGAAAAAAAUCUCCCAGAUAAUAAUUGUUGUAAUGAUAAGGCUUCGCUGUACCGUUGUUUCCGAGUAUCCUAGAGAAAAAAGGUGAGUGCAAAUUCGAUAGCGUCAUGGUUACUACAGCGAAACCGGCUUGCUUUUAGCACAACCAGGUCGAAAGAUCUGACCCAUAUUACCGGCGCAAUAUUUUUAUCUUCCUUUUAUCUUCCUACAGCAGAUCGCCGGGACCGCAUUCAUAAACCAUGUCCUGGGCCGUUCUAAAACUACUUGUGUGUCGUUAACCAUUUGUUUAAACUUUGUGCAGUCAUUACAUCAUUGGCGAGCUAGCUAAUUUGACCAGUAUAUCCAAACAUUUGGGGGCACAGAAAGAAAGGGAUCGGUUAUACAGGAGAUCAAUGAUCAUAGCAAUGAAUGAAUGACAGAUCUCUUGCAUGUUGUAGUCACAAACCUGACAUCUUUAAAGAGACUGUGUACAAUAUGAAAAUAGUGCUUUUACACAAUGUAGAAACCCAUAUUCCACAAAUGACUUUGUAAUUUCAAUGACAGGUAUUUGUAUCAGCAUUUUAGCUUUUAUAAUAAACUAAUGUCUUUACAUUCGUUUAUUACAAAGGUUUAUACUUUUAGGGAUUAAAAUGGACAGAUAGACCCCUUUCCCCAGAGUUUGUUGUUUUGCUGAUCACUGAUUUUAAUAUGGCUCCUUAUGAUAAGGUCCUUUAUCACUGGCUAACGACUCCUGCCCUGUGUCUUUCCAGGUGAUGCAGAAGGACAGCGAGAAGAACAUGUCCAUCAAGAAACUCUGGAAGUAGACCUUUGGGAUUUUUUGGGACCCGAGGGCAGACCUGCAAAGUCACACAUGUAUAUUUUUACUCUUGUUUAGGAUUGGUUUAUAAUUGUUACCCAAAAUUAAUUCUAAAAUAAAUGGU